AUGGAAAUCCAUGGAGUACAGGAUUGUAGAGAUCGAGAAGAGAGGGAGGUGCCGUUGGCCAUCCCGGCAAACGUGGAGGACGGGAUUGUAGAGAUUGGCGUGGAGAAUAGUUCUUCAUGCACAUCCAAAGAUGGCCCACUUCCUAUUUUUCUCAAGUUUGAGGAUGUGGAAUAUAAGGUGAGGGGUGCUUGGAGGAACCCUAUGAAAGCUGCGAUUACCAGUGUAGCCUCACAGUUAAGGGUGGAGCAAGGGAGUUGCAAGCACAUUCUCAAGGGCAUAACCGGAAGCGUGGGGCCUGGUGAAAUCCUAGCUUUGAUGGGGCCCUCCGGGAGUGGCAAGACCACCUUGCUAAAGAUACUUGGUGGUAGGUUGGAUGGGGAUAUCAAAGGGAACAUCACUUAUAAUGAUACUCCCUAUAGUCCCUCUAUCAAGAGAAGGAUUGGAUUUGUGACCCAGGAUGAUGUGCUAUUCCCUCAGCUUACAGUGGAAGAGACCCUUGUCUUCGCUGCCUUCCUAAGGCUUCCUACCAACAUGACUAGCCAGCAGAAAUACGCCAGGGCAGAUGCCAUCAUAAAGGAACUGACAUUAGAAAGAUGCCGCCACACCAAAGUGGGAGGAGUAUUUGUUAAAGGCAUCUCGGGAGGAGAAAGGAAAAGGACUAGUAUAGGUUAUGAGAUCCUCGUCGAUCCCUCAUUAUUGUUGCUCGAUGAACCCACAUCAGGCCUAGACUCCACCUCUGCAAGCAAGCUCUUGAUGGUUCUUCAGAACCUCGCAAAGACAGGAAGGACGAUCAUCACGACGAUCCACCAGCCAUCUAGCAGGAUGUUCCACAUGUUUGACAAGCUUCUGUUAAUAUCAGAAGGUUAUCCCAUAUACCAUGGGGAGGCUAGGGAGUGCAUGCAGUACUUUGCAUCCCUGGGUUUUGUGCCUGAAAUUGCCAUGAACCCAGCUGAGUUUCUGCUAGACUUGGUGACCGGACAUGCGAACGACAUUAGCAUCCCUGAAGCUUUACGAGGCUCUCCAAAUCCACAAGAAUUUGAGAUACAAGUGACAAAGUUUCUGCAACAGAAAUAUGAGACAGAAGUGGAACCUAGAGAGAGAGAAGAGAACCAUCGAGCAAUAAAAGCGCCGAAGCACCUUCAGAUAGCAAUUCAAGUUAAGAAGGAUUGGACUAUGAGCUGGAUUGACCAGUUAAUGAUACUGUCAAAGAGAACCUUUCGGGAGAGAUGUGGGGACUACCUAGACAAGCUAAGGUUAGCACAAGCUAUUGGUGUAGCAGUACUCUUAGGCCUUCUCUGGUGGAAAUCCAAGCUAGGAACCGAAGCUCAGCUAAGAGAUCAGGUCGGCCUAAUUUUCUACAUCUGUAUAUUCUGGACAUCAUCAUCACUAUUUGGAUCGGUGUAUGUCUUUCCAUUGGAGAAGGUGUACUUGGCAAAAGAAAGGAAAGCAGAUAUGUAUAGACUAAGUGUAUACUAUGUCUGUAGCAAUUUAUGUGACAUGACGGCUCACAUAUUCUAUCCCAUCAUUUUUAUGGUCAUACUAUACUUCAUGGCGGACUUUAGAAGAACAGCGCCUUGCUUUUUCUUGACAUUAUUUGCAGUUCUAUUGAUUGUCAUCACUAGCCAGGGAGCUGGGGAGCUGUUUGGAGCGGCAAUUCUAAGUGUAAAAAGGGCUGGAUUGGUGGCAUCUUUGGUGCUCAUGUUAUUUCUCCUCACAGGAGGAUACUAUGUUCAGCAUAUACCCAAGUUCAUGCAAUGGUUGAAGUAUAUCUCUUUCAUGCAUUAUGGAUUUAGACUCUUGUUGAAGGUGCAGUACUCUGGAGAUUUGGUGUAUGAAUGCCAAAGCAAAGGUGGAUGCCGAAGCUUGCAGAGCUCACCUUCGUUUGAUACGAUAAAUUUGAAUGGCAGAUUACAUGAAGUAUGGAUUCUAUUACUCAUGGCUCUCAUUUACCGGUUGCUCGCCUAUUUCUGCCUCCGAAAAAGAAUAAGCAUCACUCCUUUUUGAUGUUGAAGUACUGAUGAACAAACUUCAGAUCAUGGACUACUGAAUACUUUUAUCAUGUAGAACAACUGCUUGGAUAUAAGAAAAACAUGCAUGGGAGUUCCUUGUUUUUGUUAUG